AUGUACGCUCCUCCCAUUCUUGCUCUGCGAGCGAUGGAGCGAAUCGCCUUUCUCUGCGGGGUGUUCUCGCUGCCGUUUCUCUGCUGGACUUCGGCUGAUCGUUCCGAUUCAGUAAGCCUGUACGGCGGCUCCAGUGUCGGACCCUGCAGCGCCGCAGGAGUAAGGGAUAAUCUAACGUUCAUCGCUAACUACACCGAUCUACCGGACGCCCUCGAGGAGUUAGAGCGAAACGCGACGACAGAGUUCUCCCACUUUACCGUCUGUCUCCGCGGAGAUGGCGCCUUUACGCUGUCCCCAGUAAACCUUACAGACGUGCGGCUGGAGAACUUACGUUUCGAGGGCUGUACAUCGCCCAUUGGUCUAGAGCUAGUGGAGACAGUCGUCAUCGUUAACUGCUCGUUCAGGUAUUUCACGGAAGCUGUGUUUGACAUCUUCAAUUGUCAAGACACAAACAUCGUCGACUCAGUUUUCGAGCAUAAUUCUGGCCAUGGUUUGUCGGGGGUCACUAGUCGAGGUAACACGGGCGGUGUUGCCAUUGGUUUUCGAAACGCUCCACCAUCCAUGAGAGAAGUUUCUGUCAUUAUUUCAAACACGACGUUCCUGAACAACACUGCAUUUUCGACCUCGUUUCUCCUGGCUCUUGAUCGUCUGGUCUACCCUGGAAGAGGAGGAGCUCUAGGAAUGUUCAUGUCCCACGCAUUUGACAACGUGACGGUAGUAAUCUCACACUGUUCAUUUGUUGAAAACACAGCAGCACUCUUUGGAGGGGGGAUAUUCUAUUUAGUCACUCACGAGAGCCACCGCCACAAGUUACUGAUUGAUAAUACGACAUUUGAUUCAAAUUCCGGUCUAUUUGGGGCCUCGGGGGUUAUGCUAGCUAAUCCGCUAUCACUUGAAGAGUUGCCAGGGGAAAGGGAACCAGUGCUAUUUAAGAUCAGAGGGUGUCGGUUUGUUAACCACACCGCCAACAGUGGAGGGAGCAUCUCCUUGUUUCCAUCCUAUCUCACUGGGAGAGGAAGUCAGAUGAUACUGAGCGACAGUGUGUUUGUCAACAACAGGGAAAACGAGUCGGAUCCUUUCGCUCACGGCUCGGCCAUCGCUAUUUCAGAGAUCAAUAUCUUCAGCGAUCGUUCGUCGAUCCCCGUGCACCAAAUCACAAACUGUACGUUUGUCAACAAUUCGGGGCAGAAUGGUAUUGUCAAUGAUGGAUAUGCUCCAAUCCUGUUCUCAGGAGCUAACAGUUCCUUGGAAACAAAGGAACACCACUGA